GUCAUCCCCCCUCCCUCUUCUCCCUCCUUCUUCAGUGUGCAAUGCUCCGAGAUGCAAUUCCCUGUGUUAACCGUUGGCCUCUCUCUUGCAGGAUGUUUUACGGAGCACUGCUCCUUUUGAUCGUAUCCACUCUUUUGAACGGUGCCGAGAUGCCAAGACGCGCUGGGAUGCCAGGUGCUUUCCCUGCUCCCAGCAAAGGUCGUGGUGUGUUGGCUGCCCGGGGUCUGAGGAGGAGCAAGGAAGCAGUCCUGGAUUCCAGCCGGAAGGCUGUGAUUGUGACCGAGCGCCGGCAUGUUCACCAGGACUGGUGCAAGUCCCAUCCCUUCAACCAGACCCUGAGGGAAAAUGGUUGCGUCAGUCGCACCGUCAUCAACCGCUUCUGCUACGGACAAUGUAACUCCUUCUACAUCCCCGGAUCGCCACCGUUCCGCUCCUGCUCCUUCUGCAAACCCAAGAGGUUCGUCUCAGUCACCAUCAUCCUCAACUGCCCCGCCCUCCAACCACCCUCACGACAUCGGCGUGUGCAACUGGUCAAAGAGUGUCGCUGUGUCUCCAUCUCCCUGGACAUGGGGCACUGACUGCUGCUCUGGGUCCCCUGCACUUCCCACCCCAUCAUUGGCUUUUGGGCAUUCACCAUCUCUAACCCCACACUCUGGAACUCUAGCUUGCAAUCCCUCCAUCUC